AUGCCAAGACAUUUCGUAUGUUUGCUGCUGUACCUCGACGAGAGGAAUUGGCCCGGACCCAAAUGCAACGGUGUCGGCACCCGCCAGUCGCCCAUCGACAUUCGGACGUCGGACGUCAUCAAGGAUUUCGGCAAGGAGUUCGUCAAGCACGGAGCGCUCGAGUUCGACGGCUACCAGCAGGUGUUGCUGACUGCGAUUAACAACGAUUACACGGUUAUGUUCAGCACGGAGGGCGACAGGGUCUCACAGCCCAAGAUCAGGGGAGGGCCCCUUGCCCACGAGUACAGGCUGGAGCAGAUGCAUCUGCACUGGCUCUCUGAGCACGCCAUUGACGGCAUUAAGUUUCCCGUCGAAAUCCACUUCGUUCACGUGAGGGCAGACCUCGACGUUAAACGGGCGCUCAAAAGGAAAGAUGGCCUCGCUAUUUUAGCAACUUUCUGUAAGAUUAUAAAUAACGAAGAACAGACAGAAACGUCGUUUGAUGACCUCACUUUUAUCCUUUCGAGAUUGGAGAGGGUUGGCAGACGAGUGAGCGGCUCGCUGUUAAACUUAACUAAGCUGUUCAGCCCUACACCAAGUCUUUACUAUACAUACUCCGGCUCCCUGACCUCUCCCCUCUGCAACGAAGUCGUCACCUGGAUAGUUUUCCCCGAGCAUAUAUACCUAACAGAAGCGCAAGUGUCAUUGGCGACGCUACCUUUGCAGUACAACCUGCUGGAGAAGGUCCGCGAGGGUCGCUACAACUUCCGAAGGCUGCAGAGGCUGGACGGCCGCCGCGUCUACCAGCCGCCCUCGGACUUCCUAGUAGAACCGCUGAUUGUGACGUCACUGAGGAACGCGGUGAACACAGUCACGGAGUUCUUCGCCAACAUAACAAAGUACGGUGGUCUUUUAAUCCCAGUGUCA